AGAAAAAUUUCCCAGCAUGGGGCGAUAUUCAAUAAUCGCGUGCAUGCGUGCAGUACAAGUUCACAGUUUCUCCAUACGAAUUGAAAUUUGUUUCCUGAUUCUUCUGCAAAUGGCAGCGAAGACAGUUUCACAUGCGUAGUGGCCCCAUUUUUUCCGCCGGAGCACAGUUUAUAAUCCCGAUGUCACCACUCGCGUAGAAUUACGUGCAGGCCGUGACGAUUGUGACGAACUGUGACGGCUAUAUUCAUUCAAGACCUAUCUUGUAACACGUUAUCGAUUUACGCGAAGUUUUAGUGCUUCGCAUAGUGAACUUGGUACAUUUUUAGGCGCAACAUCGAGGUCGAUGCAUAACAGCCUUUUCAAACAAAAGUUGAUAUUCAACCACAAUAAUCGUAUGAGUCAUCGCGUGGAACAAUCGUCCCAUUACUCAUUCCAUUGACAGCGUGACAUACAGGAUAAUUCAAUAGUUAUAACUGAGCUUUAAUAAAUAAUCAGACAAUAUGGAUAUUGGGUUUUCAUCGUACCACAAUGGUGGUCCUGCUAGAGAACAAGACUUUGGCAGAUUGUCUCAAACGAUUGGUACAUCGAUUCUGAAGAUAUCUCAAAAUGUAUCUUCUAUGCAAAAGAUGGUCAAUCAACUGGGAGGUUCGACGGACUCCCAAGAACUUCGAAAUCAGCUGCAUCAAAUACAACAUUACACGCAGCAGCUGGCAAAAGAUACCAGCGUACAUCUUAGGGAUUUAGCUAUGUUAGCUAAUAACUCGGGAUCAACUAGUCCUGGUGAACAAAGGCAACGUAAAAUGCAGAGAGAACGUUUGCAAGAAGAAUUUACAAGUGCAUUAAAUUCCUUCCAAGCUGUGCAAAAGCUUGCAGCUUCUAAGGAAAAGGAAAUGGUUAGGAGGGCCAAAGCAAGUGCUGGUCUUCCACCGUUUGGAGAGAAAAAGCAGGAGACAUUGAUAGAAUUACAGGACAGUAGAACCCAAAAACAAAUGCAACAGCAACAGAUGAAAGAAGAACAAAAUUUGCGAAUGUUAGAGGAACAAGAAGCGAGCAUACGACAAUUGGAGAAUAAUAUCAGUGAUAUUAAUAAAAUCUUCAAAGAUCUUGGUACAUUGGUCUACGACCAAGGAGAAGUGAUCGAUUCCAUAGAAGCUUCGGUUGAAAGGACGGUUGUAUCUGUCACUGAAGGUACGUCGCAUGUAAGGCAAGCAAGCAUUUACCAGAAUAAAUUGCGCAAGAAAAAAUGUAUACUCGUUGUUAUUGGAGUGGUUAUACUCUCCAUACUAAUCGGAAUCAUAGCUUGGCAAAGCUCUCCUUCUUCUUAAACUCGUGGAGGUAGUUGAUGUUACUGGCGUAGCUGUAUCGUAAUUUACAAAGUACCAUGCAUUCGUGUACUUUUCAAACGUGGCCCUUGAUUUAUUUACGAUUGCUUUAAAACUAUCCGGGACAAAGCAUAGUACUAUCAAAGAGAAUGAACGCAAAGAACCUUGCAUCGUUCUGUAUCUUACUGAUAACAUUCUUGUAAUUGUGAUAAUAAAUGGUGCAAGAUCUAUUUUGCAAGUAACAUGUACAAUGGCAAGUCUGAGACUGCCCUGUCCAUUUGUACGUUUCAUUACUCAUUGCAUAAUACUAGCUCAUAAAUAUAAGUUUAAAAGUAUAUAUACAUACACACAUAGAUCAAUGGUAUAGCUGUAAUUAAUAUUCCAUAUUAUUUUAAGAGUUUACUCAGAAAGUAAGGAGAUUCAUUUUAAGUAUUGCCUGCGUGCACUUCGAAAUGAGAGAUUUAUGUGAUAUGUAUGAGUCAGUAUGAUGUGAGCGUGUUGAUAUAACCAUUAUAUAGUAUGUAAGAGCGUUCCGAACGUCCUAAAGUGUUACUAAGUAUAUUGAGAUGAACAAUUAAUAAGUGUAUACCGUACAGCAGAGAAUACGAAUGAAGUAAGUUUAUUUAUUAUAUUUAAGAAUGUUGAUUUAUUUUAAUCAAAAUGUAAUAAACUAUAUAAUACAAAGUUCGAUAUACGAAAUUUGGAAAGGAAAUGACUAUUGUAUGAUUUAUAUUCAAUCUCAACAUUUAUUAAACUAUCUAAACAAAAA